CAGAAGAUAAAUAAAUAAAUAAUGUAAACUAAAAGAAAUAUUAUUCAAAGAUAAUAGUGAAAAUAAAACUGUAAAGAUGACGGCAAUGGCACAAACAAGGUUUGCCCAUAAACUUUUUGAGCCAGCACCGAUGACUAUAUCUGAAGCAAAAACACACUGCGUGUCCAUAUUCGAUAAAUUAAGGUUGCAAAGAGAACAAGGAAGAUUUUGCGAUGUAAUCUUAAAGGUUUAUGAUCGAGAGUUCCCAGCGCAUAGAUGUGUUCUAGCCUCCUGUUCACCUUGGUUCGAUACUAAAUUUAAAGUUCACAAAACCCUGAAGGAGGUUGUGGACGUGGAUUGUAAAAAUUAUGAAGUGUUCCAUCUUGUUCUCACAUAUAUGUAUUCAGGUCAACUUGUAAUUGACAAGGACAAUGUUGGUGAUAUACUUGAGAUAUCUCACACCUAUAGUAUUAAUAAAUUAAAAACAUACUGUGCCGAGUUCCUAGAGAAGAAUCUGAAAGCAUCAAAUUGUUUAAAUGUAAUUGAAUUAGCGGAGAGAUAUCACCUUGCUGAUCUUUCAAAACAAACUCUGGCAUAUAUUCACAAACACUUUGAGCAUAUAAUCCAGUAUCAUGAGAUUGAGAAGAAGAGUUUAGCUGAUGUUAAAGAUUAUAUAGAUAAAGCUUGGUACUUUCCCAGUGAACUGGUUUUACGGUUGAUUACCCGUUGGGUCAACCAGCAUAGUAGUAGGGAGGAUUAUUUUGUGUCUCUUCUUCAUAAUGUAAUCUGGAGUACACUAGAUCAGGUCUUUAUUUCGAGACACCUGGAGCAUGAUAUGCUUUAUCAAUCCAGUCCUGAAGCUUUACUAACCAUCCUGGAUUUCUUGGACAAGAACAAUAUUAAACUAAGCUCCAGGUACUCAGAGAUGUACAGAGAGCUGCAAGAGAAACUUCUUCCAAACAACGAGGUCGAACAAGAGUUGGAUGAUUCAAAUUUAUUCCUGUCUAUGGCAAUUAACUCUGCUGUAAUGAAAGAUCUUGAACAUUCUGAGGUGGAUGAAACCUUUAGCUCUUACAUUCUACAGACUGAACCUAUUGGAGAUCCUAGUCAAUACGGUCCGUUUAGACAUCCCAGUGGUAACGAAAUGGAAAGUUACAAAAAUGAAACAGAAAAUUCCCAAGAAAUGAUUCAGUUCCAUUCGUCCUUCAAGAAAUCUGCCAACCCACUUCAAGGAGAAGAAUCCGGAAAUGAUUUAACAAAAUCUGGUCAACAACUAGAGACAAGAGUUCCAGAGAACGCUGCUAGUAUUCCUCCCACAGUUCGGAUGCCUCAUGAAACAGUUUAUGAGCUGGAGCAUGACUCACGAGUUUAUAAACCAGAGUUUAGAUCUAUUCCAAUCCAGUAUGAAGAUAUUCCAACCUCACAGUAUCCAACCCAGAGUCCUCCAACCCAACCAGAGACAAACCUUGGUUUUAGAAACUCAAAUCUUGAUCCCUGUGACGAGGUUUAUAAAUCAUACAACUCCCAACCUCCGGACAUUUCGGAGCAGUAUUACAAACAUCAGAACAACUUUCUGGCUAAGUCCGGACAAAACUACUCCAAUACAGAUCUAAGAUGCAUGCAGUACAAUCCUGAGCAGGUUGUCAAUGAUGGAACCUUUAACCAGGAUAUAUUUAAGAACGAUCUGAUUUACAGAGGAGAGACAAGGAACCCAAACUAUAGUUAUCCCAUCUUCAGAGAUAAUCAGAUGUAUCCUGGAGACAUUGACCACUACAGGAGUAUGUGUUCUAACCAGCAGUAUGAAAACUUUAAGCUUGAAGAGGAGAAUGUGAUGGAAAGAACAGAUUACAGUUCCUAUAAGAACGAUGCUGAAUCAGAACUUAGAAACUCUCCUGUUGAUUCUAGUGACUCGGGCGGGUGCAGACCUGAGAAAAUAGAAAGGUUGAACAGUAAAAGUGAUUUUGAUUUCUGUACUUAUCAGUUUCUUGAGCAAGUGAUAAAUGAGCAGGAAGGAGUGGAGAAGAUCUCAACCACAACCAAGAGAUACGAUCCAAAAUUUCGAGCUCUGGCAGAAGCAUUUAAACAAGCUGAACCUGAUCUCACAAACCAGGUUUCAUCUCAGGAUAUGUUUGAAUACAAAUCUCCAGAGCGGACUACACGGGACGACAAGACACUAAGAGAAGAAUUUAGAAACUGUAGAAUAUCCGAGAAAGCGAAAACCAAGACGAUAAUGGAUUGUCAGUUUGAGAAUCAGGUUGAGGAUAAGGAUCUACAAUAUGUUCCUAUUUCUGUUGCUGAACUUGAGUAUCCGCGUCCUGAUACUCAAGUAGAAGGAUGUGAACCUAUUGAAGAAACUUCUGCUGAUAAUAAUCUCGGAUAUCAAACUCCUAAAUCAAGUUUUCAGGAACUAAAUGAAGAAAACAGUGAAAUUAUUCCUGACUCCGUCCUUGAAACUCCUCCAAAAAAUAUGGUCGAAUUUUCUACUCCUCCCAAAUCAACAGGUAAAUUCAGCCAACAGAUGAUCCUUACUCCAAAGGAAAAAUAUGCCAAAGAGAUAAACGCAGAGCGUAAACUAGAAUCAAUUCAGAAAAAUGUAUUUCCCGAAACUGAACCUUGGACUGAUGAACCUAAACUUCAAGUGAUAGAUACAGUCAAUACGGAUAUCACCCUUCAGCCUACUCCGGAGAUACCUGAAUCUCCUGCUGUAACGGAGAACGUUGUUGUUCCCCGGAAAGCUCCGUUAACAUCUACCAUACUCCGGGCCAAGAAGAAGAUGGCAUCUCAGAAAAAGCUUAUUUUAGAGCACGGGGAAGUGAGAUUAACCCCCAAGCAAAAGAUCAAACUGAAACCAUUUCGGAAAAAAAAUCCCAAGAAUUUGGAGAAAUUACUUGGUCAUUCGUCUACAGGACAUUCGUCUACAGGUCAUUCGUCUACAGGACAUUCGUCUACAUCUCUGGAUAGUUUAAAGAAAGAUUGUAUUGAGAACACUGUUAUAAAGAGAAUAGUGAAUAGGAAGGAUAAACUGCUAGCAGAGCAUAGAAGCCAACAGUUUCCAGUUCAACCAGCUCUUAGAGAAGAACCAGUAGAGAUACGUUCUUCUCCAGUAGAAUCUGUGGAUAUGAUAAACCUGGAUGAUAUUGUGAAUCAGAUUGAAGAAACCUGCCUUUUCUGUGAUUUUGUCUGUGUUUCAAGAAAGGAUUUCUACAAGCAUAUCAAGGAAAUUCAUUUAACCGUUGCUCCCUACCGAUGUCCUUUAUGUGAAUAUACGUCAAGUAAAAUCUCCACCCUCCUUCAGCACUACCAAUCACACAAUACGAGAUAUCCCUGCUCCUCCUGCACCUUGAGCUUCAGGAGUAACCUGGAGCUAAAGCGUCAUGAGAAAUCUGUUCAUAAACCUGUGAUAACAUUUUCUUGUCCAAUUUGUCAGAAAGUUUUCAACAACAAGUGCACGCUACAACAACAUCAGGCUGUACACACAGAGGAAAAGAAGUUUAAAUGUAAAUUAUGUACUUUCAGUACAAAGUACAAUUCCCACCUGGCGGCUCAUAAGAGAGUACACGAUGGGAACCUGUUCAGGUGUACCAAGGAGGGUUGUCAGUACUGGACUCCUAAGAUGACCCUUCUCAACGCGCAUAUCCGUGCGCACAACGGAGAUAAACGGUUCACCUGUACUCACUGUGAUAAAGGAUUUGUUGAAGCCGGACAGUUGAGAAGACACGAGAAAAUUCACAACGAUGUUAAACCGUUCCAGUGUGAUUUUGAGAACUGUUCCUUCUCCUCUAAACGUAAAGAUAAACUAAAGGAUCACAAGAACCGCCUUCAUAAACCUGCUCCUCAAAUCCAACCUGAGAUAUCUAGACCCAGUAAGAUGAUGAACAUGAACAAGUACUACAGUGUGGAGAACAGUAUACCCUUGCAGGACUCCCAGAUACCAUAUGUCAAAGAGGAGGAGAUACUUGGGGUCUGAUCCAGAAGGAGGAGAUAGAGAGGGGGUGUGAGCCUGGAGAAACUGGAGGUUUUCCCCAUUCCAAUCCAAUUCUUUUUCAAUCGUCCUUUGUUUUCUUUUCUAAUCCUACUUUAGUUUUCUUCAAACUUUUCUUUUAUCAUUUAUUUUGCUUUCCAAACCUUCCGAUAUCUAUUAUUAUAUCCUUUCUUCAUAUUUUGUUAUUUCAUUUAUCUCCCAAUCCUUCCUGUAUCCAGUUCUUCUCAAUUUUCAUCCUUUCCCUUUUCACCCUUUUUUCUCAUUUCGUUUUUUUCUGUUUUUACCUUUUCUUGAACCAAAU